AUGACUGCUAAAAGGUUAAAUAUAAGAAAUGCUGUUAUUCCAAAUGGUUUGAGCGAAGAUGAGAUUAACUCAUCUGAGUCUGAAGAUGAAAUGAGUAAAGUGACACAUGCUUUACGAAAUGAAUUGAAUAUGAGCGAAAAUUCUUCAACAAGUGAAAGUGAUAACGAUGAAAGCGUUGAAAGCGAAGAGGAUGAAAGUAAAGAAAAGGUUGAAACUAAUCAAAACUUGAAAAAGAAAAAAAGAAUGCAUUGGGUCAAAAAAGAUAUUGUAACUCCGACAGCUGACUUUGCUGACAGCAUGCCACCACCACCUAUUCAUGAUGAACUGCAACCAAUUGAUUAUUUUUAUAAUAUGUUCGGCAAGCAAUCAACAACACUCUUGACAAAUCAAUUGAAUCUAUAUUCUGUUCAAAAAAAUCCCAACAAAGCAGCACGUAUUUCGGAAACAGAAAUGGAACAUUUCAUAGGUAUUUUGUUAAUGACAGGUAUUUAUUCUUUUCCAGAGCAACGUUAUUUUUGGUCGAACAGUACACGUGUUGAAUCUAUAUCUUCAGUCAUGACUCGAGAUCGAUUUCUUGAAUUAAAGAAAUAUUUACAUGUUACUGAUAAUUCAAUUCAACAAAAUCGAACGGAUGCAAAUUUUGAUAGAGCACAUAAAGUUCGUCCAUUGUUGAAUAUUAUAAAAGAAAACUUUAGGACAAUUCCAAAGGAAGAAAAACUAAGUGUUGAUGAACAAAUCAUACCAUUUAAAGGUAGAAGUAUAAUGAAGCAGCAUAUGCUGAAGAAACCCAAUCGUUGGGGGUAUAAGAUGUUUCUUUUAGCUGGUGGCAAAAGUGGUAUAUGCUACGAUUUUAUUUUUUAUACAGGUAAAGGCAAUCAACAACAGCAUGGUUUUUGCACAGAUAUUGUACUGAAUGUUUGCGAAACUGUACCACGUUUUGCUAAUCAUAAAGUAUAUUUUGAUAAUUAUUUCACAACAAUUCGCCUACAAGUAGAGUUGAAGAAGUUGGGAAUUUUUUCCGUUGGUACGGUAAGGCCAAAUCGAUUAAUUGAUUUAAACAUUAAAAAUGCAAAAGAUUUAUCAAGAGAAGCUUUACUUAAAUCUAGUCCACCACCACCUAUCAUAAAACGUGGUCGACCAUCAUUAGAAUCAAGAUUAAAAUCAAACGAAAACAACUCAACAGCAACUUUACGAACUACACCAACUUUGGCUCCACCUUCGAGUACACGAUUCGACAAAUAUGAUCAUUGGCCCAUCACAACAUCAAAAGGUCGUUGUCGAAAUAAUACCUGUGAUGGGUAUACAAGAAUAUCAUGUUCUAAAUGUGGAAUUCGUUUAUGUUUGAAUGAAAAAAAGAACUGUUUUACAGAUUAUCAUAAUUAA